GACACACGGCUGGCAGACCCGGCUCGCAGCGGUCACCGGCCCGAGAUGUUCUCCAGAGUCGCUGGGAGCUUGGUGCCCAGGACAAGAGCCCUGGGAACUCGCGGGACACACAGCCCAAGAGGCACAGGUACAGCCCACAGCCCAGGGAAGAUAACUCCAUACGUGGGCUACUACGCACAGCGUUCCUACCCCAUGCCGGAUGAGCCCUUCUGCAAGGAGCUCAGCGCAGAGCAGCGGGCCCUGAAGGAGAAGGAGAAGGACAGCUGGACCCUGCUGAGCCCUGAGGAGAAGGUGGCCUUGUACCGGCUCCAGUUCCAUCAGACGUUCGCAGAGAUGAACCGUCGCACCAACGAGUGGAAGACGGUGAUGGGCAGCGUAUUCUUCUUCUGUGGACUCACGGCCUUGGCGAUUUGGUGGCAGCGGGUCUAUGUGUUCCCCGAGAAGCCCAUCACGCUGCAGGAGGAGUGGAAGGCGCAGCAGCUCCAGCGGAUCCUGGACAUGAAGGGCAACCCGGUGCAAGGCCUGGCUUCCCGCUGGGACUAUGACCGGAAGGAGUGGAAGAAGUGACGCGCUGGGUUUCCAGCAGCUCUCUGCAGGGCCA